AUGAAGUGGCAGUUAGCGAUUGUACUUGCUGCUUGUACUAGUAUGGUGGCAACAAAGAAUGUGUUUAACCCCGCAGCACUACCAGAUUUGAAAGAGGAUGACUAUGUUGACAAAAGAGACGCCGAUGCUAAAAACACUCCAAACUUGCAAGACUUGAGUGAUUCUGUGGCUAAUGAUAUUCAGAAAAGAAAGAAUACUCCAAAUUUACAGGAUCUUGCUAAAGCUGUUGGUUCUGAUAAUGAUAUACAGAAAAGAAAAAAUGUAGUCAACUUGGCAAAUUUCAAAGUUGAACCGAAUGACAAGAGGGAAGCAAAAAACACUUUUGAUAUCGCUGCAUUUCUUAAACAACAUCUGCAUGUUAAGCGCGGAGAAAACCAGCAGGUUUUGAGCAACCCUGAUACUGAAGAUUCCCAGAGCGAUGACCAUUUGUUAUUUACAUUGGACUCAGCUGAUUGUUACAAUAAUCUCCUUCAGUCGAUAUUACCUCAGCUCAAAUCUAUUUCUAUAUUUGCUGGAUAUAUUAGGAACAAUCAGGAUUUGGACAGCAAAACGGAAUUAGCAGACCAAAAUAUGUUGAUCAUUGCACCUACAGACGAUGCAAUCGAGAAUAAAUUAUCUGGUUUAAAACCAUGGGAGUUUCCCCAUUCUUUAGAUGAUGCUAAAAAUGACAGGGAACAAGAUGCAAUCAUCGAUGAAAACAUACAAAACUUUUUAUUCGGUCAUAUUGUAAGUAAUUUUGAAAAGAAAUUGGUUAUUGAGACCGAUUCAAAUGACCAAACUACCAAAAUCAUUGUUACGACUUUGAACAAUGGCAAAAAUUUACAAAUUAAGCAAGACCCACUGAGUGAGAAAUUCUUCAUCAGAAUUGUAGAUGAUCGUGAUGCUAAUGCAAUCUCAAACAAUUGGAUCCCUGUUCAAACUGUUCGACAAGUGGAAAAUGGGUUUAUUUUUGUCAUUGAAAACUCAUUGGUCAAGCCUUAA